UUAAACUCCCUAUAAACAUGGUUUAUUGAUGCUAUUAUUGGCACACCAAAAUGUUCUCUGCAACACCUUCUUGAUCCCUAUCUUUUCCGAUCUCAUCACCAUCCACCCUCCGCCAUAAACCACCGCAUGCCACCACCAAACAAUAUCCCCAUUGUCAACCAAACCACAAAAUCCUCAAUCCCUCCCUCUAAACCUCACAUUUCUCUCCCUCUCCGGCCACCGCCGAGGGUGGUCUGCUGUUGGCAAUGUCGGACAUCGUAAAACAGAUCAUCGCCAGGCCGAUACAGUUAGCAGACCAAGUUGUUAAAGCCUCAGAAUAUGUUUGUUCCUUUAAACAGGAUUGCGCCGAGAUCAAAGCCAAAACGGAGAAGCUCGCGAGCCUUCUCCGUCAGGUGGCACGCGUGAGUAACGAUCUUUACGAGCGCCCUACGCGUCGGAUCGUCGAUGAGACCGAACAGGCGCUCGAAAAGACGUUACAUCUUGUUUAUAAAUGUAGCCGUAACGGGCUACGUCGCGUGUUUAAGAUAAUCCCGAAUGCGGUUAUUCGUAGGACGCAACAACAGCUCGAGAAUUCGAUUGGAGACGUGUCAUGGCUCCUUCGGGUUUCGACCCCGUCGGAUGAUCAAGAUGAUGAGUAUCUUGGAUUGCCCCCAAUCGCGGCGAACGAGCCUACAUUGUGUCUAAUUUGGGAGCAAAUCGCGAUUCUAUGCUCGGGUACGAUGGAGGAACGGGCUGAGGGCGCGGUGUCGCUUGUUUCGUUAGCGAGGGAUAAUGAGAGAUACGGGAAGUUGAUAAUCGAGGAAGGUGGUGUGCCCCCGCUUUUAAGACUUGCGAAAGAAGGGAACGAAGAGGGGCAAGAAAAUGCCGCACGGGCCAUUGGGUUACUAGGUCGGAAUCCCGAGAGUGUCGAGCAUAUUAUAAACUCGGGUGUUUGUGCCAUAUUCGCGAAAAUUUUGAAGUAUUCGCACAUGAAAGUACAACUUGUCGUGGCGUGGGCCGUGUCUGAGUUAGCCGCGAACUACCCGAAAUGUCAAGAGCACUUUUUGCAAAACAACGUAAUUCGGUUGCUUGUUGGUCAUCUCGCGUUUGAAACGAUUCAAGAACAUAGUCGAUACGCGAUUGCUAGCAAGCAAAACAUGUCGAUUGAAUCGGUUGUUAUGGCCAAAGCUGACACAAACCCUAGCAAAGGUGGUAAACUCAGGAACGAGGAACGCGAAAAGGGCCAAGUUGUACAUCCGAGCGGCAUUAUGGUGAGCGAUAUGCACAAGGUAGUGACCAAGACAAUGGGCGAUAAAUCGGUGAAGACAAUGGGCGAUAAAUCGGUGAAGACAAUGGGUGAUAAAUCGGUAAAGAGCCGCAACGAUAGGCCACAUUAUAACAAAAGCAACCGAAAACAUCUUUCGUUAAUCGGGGCAAGCAUUAAAGCGAGGGAGUUGGAAGAUCCAACGACGAAAAAUCAAAUGAAAGCGAUGGCAGCUCGAGCCUUGUGGUACCUUUGUGCGGGGAAUGUGACGAUUUGUAAAAGCAUUACCGAAUCACGAGCACUUCUUUGCUUCGCGGUACUUCUAGAAAAGGGUGAGUAUGAGAUCCAAUAUAAUUCGGCCAUGGCGUUGACAGAAAUCACCGCCGUGGCCGAACAACACGUCGAGCUAAGACAUUCGGGUUUUAAGCCAACAUCUCCCGCUGCUCGAGCGGUUGUUGACCAGUUCCUCAAAAUAAUAAAAAAUGCAAACUCAGACUUUCUCGUCCCAAGUAUCCAAUCCAUUGGACACUUGGCGAGAACGUUCCGUGCAACUGAAACAAGAAUCAUCCCCCCUAUAGUAAGGCUCCUCGAAAACUCGGAAACCGAUGUUUCAACCGAAGCAAUCAUAACACUCAUCAAGUUCGCGUGCCCCGACAAUUUUCUACACGUAAACCAUUGCAAGACGAUAAUCGAUGUUGGAGGGUCUAAACACUUGAUUCAACUUACCUAUUUUGGGGAAAAUUCACUUCAAGCUCUGGCUCUCAUUCUCCUAAGCUACCUUGCAAUGCAUGUGCCUGAUAGCGAGACGCUAGCUCAAGACGAGGUGCUUGUCGUGCUCGAAUGGGCGUUAAAACAAGGUCAUUUUACGCAGGAUUCGACUCUGGAAACCCUCGUCGUUGAAGCGAAACAAAGAUUGGAGAUCUAUCAAUCUAGAAAUACAAGGGGGUCAUUUAUUCGAUGACAUCUAUGUAAUCAACAAGCUUUGAUG